CCUCCGAUGAGCGGACUGGAUGACCAGCUCUCCUCGGCGUCCAUCUUUGAGCACGUGGACCGCAUGACCCGCGCAGCGGAGGGAACCAAGCGCUUGACCAAUAAGAUCCAGCUGAUCGCCAUGCAGCCCAUGCCCGCUCUGCCUGCACACAGCCCGACCGUGAUGGACCGUGGCAACGAAAACGCCAAGAUAAACAAGGAGAUCCAGGUAGCGUUAAGGCACAAGUCGGAAAUCGAGCACCACCGCAACAAGAUCCGCCUGCGAGCCAAGCGGAAAGGCCACUACGACUUCCCCGCCAUGGACGACCUGACCGAUGGGGCCGGGGACCCCAAGGAGCAGGACCGCAUCUACCAGAAGGCCCAGCAGCAGAUCGACAAGAUCCUGGACCCCGACACACACCUGCCCCUGCCCUUCACUGAGCCCAAGAAAAGUGGAAGGGGAAGGCGUUCUCCUAAGUCUAAGAAGAAGACGGGACACCUAAACGGUGAAGCAGACCGGGACCAGCUCAUCACCGCGGAGACGGACGGAACGUACCGGAAGUAUCCGGGAGUCAACAACUUUGCUUACGUGUCUGACCAUGAUCAGGUUCCUGACCCGUCCGACGACGUCUUCCUGUCGCCCAGCUCCCCCCCGCCGGGUCACGCGCCCCCACCCCCCCCUUACCUGCCCCCCCAGCCCAGCAUCGAGGAGGCGCGCCAGCAGAUGCACUCGCUCCUGGACGACGCCUUCGCCCUGGUCUCACCCACUGCCGCCGCCGCCGCUGCCACCUCCGCCACCUCCGCCACCACCACAGCUGGCAUCACCCUGCCCGGCGUGGGCAACGGGCACGUGCAACUCCCAGCGUCCAGCCCACCCUCCCGGGGACCCCCCCGGCCCUGGGCCCCCUCCUACCCGACGCCUGGGCCCUUCUCGGGGAGGUAUGGUGAUAUAGGACUUCCCCCUCCCUCUGUGCAGAGUGUUCUUCAAAGACAAGGCUUGGGUUCAGGAUAUUUGCCUUCAACUGGUGAAGGUGUGAGUGGGGAGCAGCCUGCAAUAGACAGCUUCACCAGUAGAGGGGGCUACACUGAUGAGCUGUCCUCAGCACGACCUAGACCUGUGGGAAGCACUGCAGGUGGUCAGCUUCAUCACCUAUCACAAGUGGGUCUGCCCACCCGUUUGAGCGUGAUGCCCCCUAGUGGACGUGUCGGUGCACCGCAGGCUGGCGGCUACAGCUGGAGUCCCUAUGACGAUGAGUUCUCCAAACCUGGCAACCUCCGGGAUGCGGCUCACCGCAUGGGAGUGAGGGAACCCUCAGCCCCACCUGCCCACUUGGACACCCCUGGCCUGGGUUACCCGUCGACCCCCAGCGCCCUUCAGGGGGAAGGCCCCCCAUCCACGCAGUCCUCGGCCUCCCUCAUCAAGGCCAUCAGGGAGGAGCUGAUGCGGCUCUCCCAGAAACAGGCCUCUCUGCCCAGCUUCCACAGCUGAGGCUCGCCCUUACUCUCCAGUGCCCAGACCCGUCCAGAGACCCCAGAGCUGCCAGCACUGCUUCCCAUGGAAGCUGCCCUCCUUUGGGGGGACAGGACGGACCGAGGGUGGCUCUCUCUCUCGGGGUCUGGUCGUGGGUGAAAGAUGGGGGUAUCUGCACUGUAUUAAGUGACUGAGACAAGAUCAGAGAAAAGCAGGAAUUGAAGAAAAAUUGUAGCUUUGGAUCUCAAAUAGUAGCACUGUGCAUGGAUGUGUGUGUGUGUGUGUGUGUGUGUGUGUGUGUGUGUGUGUGUGUGUGUGUGUAUGAAGGACUUAUUGAGAAAAAGGGAGCACAAAAGGUUUUUCAAAAGAAUGAUUAUUUUUUUUGACAAGGGGGACUUCAGCCAAAACCUGGUUACCACAUAUUCUUGUGGAUGUUUUUUAAAUUUAAUCUUUAAACAUUUGACUUUGAUUGCUGUGUUUGCUUGUUUGCUCGUUUGUGUACCUGCUGUUCUGAACAACAGCUCUGAGUCUUCAUGUCCAUGAGGAGCGCUCUCAUUUUUUUCUUUUUUUUAUCUUGCGGCCUUCUGACCUCUUGAGUUGAUGCUGUCACCUGAUUAUCUGCCGCUAAUCUUGCAGUACAGAAGUGUUCCUCGACACCUUAAAUACAUACAGUAUACUAAAACCAAGGAAGAAUGGCUUUUUAUUGUGUGCAUAUUAUAUUUCCAUACACUGUUUCAUCUGUUCUUAAUGAACUGGGUGCCCUGUUCACUGUCAUUUCUGUGGUGCUAACGCUUUUGAUCCAUGAACCCAUAAGGGCAGGCUUAAGGCUAGACUUUCUCAGGCCAAGGUGGAGUCUAGACCCGAACCUAAACUGUGUUCUCUGGACUUUUUAUUCUUAUUUGUUUUGCCACCCACCGGCACUCAGACUACAGGCUCAGCCCUGCCUGGGCUUGCCCACCUGGGGUAAAGUCCUGCCCUGCCACGGACCACUCUAUGCCUUCUCUGAUCCCAACAGGCCCUCCAGGUGCAGAUCUUAGCGCUGGUCUGUUGUUGUAAAACGCUUUGGGUGUCUUGAAAAGCGCCACAUAAAUGCAAGGUGUUGUUGUUGUUGUUGCUGUUGUUGUUGAUCUGUUGGUGUGGAACCUCACCCUGUGAGUUACUCCAAGUAUAUGGUUCAGCAGCAAACCUGGGUAAGUGGUAAACCUCCUAAAAGAAGGGCUCUGUAGCUGUAUUUUGUUAAGAGAAUCAAAAUGAAACCCUCUGAAGCUCUUCUAUUAAGAUGUUUAUGACUUAAGCCUAACGCCCACCAGAAGCGUACGCGGCGCGCCACGCCACGAAAAAAAAUAGAAUUCCAUUGUUUUCAAUGGAGCAGCGCCCACUAGAAACAUCUGCCGCGCAGCAGCCGCACAGAGAUAGAAAACUAUUCUAAAAUCCUGCGCGGCAAGCCCAGACCGCUGAACGCCACUUCUGGUGGGCGCCGGACUUUACACUAAUAUAACCAGGGCAGGAUCUGAUCUAGAAUCAGCUAUUGUCUGGGUUCUCAUAAAAGAUUUGCGGCCUGUCUCAGCCUGCUGCUAUGACAUCAUAAGGUCAAUGUAGAUGACAUGUACACAUACCACAGGCCAUCUAAGUAUCAGAUCACAGUAACCCAGCCCUUUACGAAAUUGUUGCUGCAUUUUAUUGACUGAGGCAGUUUUCCAUCGGCUGAGACAGGUUUUGUUAUUUCAAGGGACAGCCUCCUCUGAGUGUGGGUGGAUCUUUUGUUUGUGUGUUGGACUGUCACAGCUGUUUGAUGACUGCAAGAACCAAAUGGAAGUUCUGAGGGUUCAGAGAGAUGUAAGCAGAAGAGAUACCAAAGGCAUCAGGAAGAUGUUUGAUACUAAAGACAAAGACAUCACAGGUUGAGACAAGAGCCAAACUGAACAAUGCAGAUCAAACUGCAGCUCUGCAGUCAGAGACCACUGUGAGGUAAAUAAUGCAGACAUUUGAAGCAGCGCCGUUAGAAGCGCUGUCUGUGUAGACAUGCAGUAUUAGACACCGUCUUGUUCUCCGUCUUCCUCUCCGUGGAGGAGGAUUUGGUGUUGCUUUAUGUGGGGUCUGUGUGUGUGUGCACUCCACAUUCAGUCACCGCAUCGCUGUAUAGGUGCGCAUUUGGUUUGAGAUGUGGUUAUUGGGGGCACUGUGGACUUCAAGGAACCCAGAUGGCGUCUGCCUGGCCCAAGUCUGGCCCAGAGUGGACUUCCAUUAGGCCUUUAAGACCCAAGCGUCUCCAGCCAGCAGUGAAACCUCCACCUGUUGUCUUUGUUGGGUGUGUGCAUGCUAGGGCACUGACUCUACAGCAGCCCACAGUUUAAAUCCUACCUGGUGUCCAUGUAAAGUGUUAAUUUUUGCUCCAAAGUGACGUGGUAUUUUCCCCUUUUUUUGAAAAAGAACAUUUUCCCCAAACCAUUUUCAGUGUUGUUUGUUGACGGAGAGAGAGGAAACUGAAGCACUGUAUUUUCUCCCCAACUUUAAGUGUCUCCUUAGUGAGGGAGAUGUUUUUCUUAACUACCUUUGCCUGAUGUUUUCAUUCUCCAUUUGAUUGUUCCUGUUUUAUCAUUGGUAUAAUUUCUGUUUUUGUACGUUUUUUUUGUUAAAUUAAUAUGAUCAAUGCUUUUUUCCACGUCUAUGUAACCACAAAGUAGGCAUUCUGCUGUUUCUUUAUUUAAAUAAA